GAACGAAUGGGAAAAUCAGUGCACGACAUUGGGAAAAGAGGGGAAAGGGAGCGGGGAUAGUGCAUGAGCUGGUUUUCGGCUGGUGAUAUUGUGGUCAGCAGCAGGAACAUGCCCGGUACCCCCUGUGCGCUCCCCCACCGGUGCGACGUCAGAGGAGUGUGUGCGGCAGUGCAGCAGGAGGAGCUCACACACACCGCCGCUCCGCUCUCACACACUCUCGCGCUGGAUCUCACCCCCUCUCCAAUCUCUGUCUUUCAGUAGAUGGAUUUCUUCAAGCUCUGCCCUGCCUAACAUGGACGCCCAGCCACCUCCGCCGCCACCCCCUCCUCCAUCCCCAUCAGCUGAGUCGGAGGGCUGCUUCUCCUUGGCGCAGUGAGCUGGACACGCAGUGCUGUUUUUCUGCUGAAUGGAUGUUAGGGAGAGCGUUACUCUGCCCGCCGGUGGUGCCCAGUCGCCCUGCUUCACGUUAGAGAGAAAACACUUCUGGGGAAUAUACGGAUUCAGGGAAUAAAGCUCCCGCGCGACUCAGCAGCACCAUGAAGACCACCUCCCUGCUCAUCCUCACUGCGAGGGUCCGGAGCUCCGUCAGGCUGCUGCUGCUGCUGCACUCUGUGGGAUUUUCUCAUGGGAUGCCACACGUCUUGAGAUUUGGGGGAAUAUUCGAGUCCAUUGAAAGCGGCCCAUCCGGUGCUGAGGAACUAGCCUUUAAAUUUGCUUUAAACACAAUCAACAGGAACAGAACCCUACUGCCAAACACCACGCUCACCUACGACAUCCAAAGGAUAAACAUCUAUGACAGCUUCGAAGCCUCCAGGAAAGCCUGUGACCAGCUCUCUCUGGGGGUGGCGGCCAUCUUCGGGCCCUCUCACAGCUCCUCAGCCAACGCCGUCCAGUCCAUUUGCAAUGCCCUGGGGGUGCCACACAUCCAGACCAAGUGGAAGCACCAAGUGUCGGACAACAGAGAUUCGUUCUACGUCAGCCUCUUCCCAGACUUCUCCUCCCUCAGCCGGGCCAUCCUGGACCUGGUCCACUUCUUCAAGUGGAAGACGGUCACUGUGGUUUAUGAUGACAGCACUGGUCUGAUUCGGUUGCAAGAACUCAUAAAGGCUCCGUCCCGAUACAACAUCCGGCUAAAGAUCCGCCAGCUGCCUGCAGACUCUAAGGAUGCUAAGCCGCUGCUGAAAGAGAUGAAGAGGGGGAAGGAGUUCCACAUCAUCUUCGACUGUGGCCAUGAAAUGGCUGCUGGGAUCCUGAAGCAGGCUCUCUCCAUGGGGAUGAUGACAGAGUAUUAUCACUAUAUCUUCACCACACUGGAUCUGUUUGCGCUGGACGUGGAGGCGUAUCGAUACAGUGGUGUGAACAUGACUGGCUUCAGGAUCCUCAGCACGGAGAACAGCCAGGUGGCCUCCAUCAUCGAGAAAUGGUCCAUGGAGCGACUCCAAGCACCCCCCAAACCUGACUCUGGUCUACUGGACGGCUUCAUGACCACGGACGCCGCGCUCAUGUACGAUGCCGUGCACGUGGUGGCCGUGGCUGUGCAGCAGUCUCAGCAGAUCACUGUCAGCUCGUUACAGUGCAACCGACACAAGCCCUGGCGCUUUGGGAACCGCUUCAUGGCCCUCAUCAAAGAGGCCCACUGGGAUGGCCUGACCGGAAGAAUAAUCUUCAACCGGACCAAUGGCUUGAGGACUGACUUUGACCUCGAUGUUAUCAGUCUGAAGGAAGAAGGGCUUGAGAAGAUUGGUACCUGGGACCCUCCAAGCGGACUGAACAUGACGGACAACCAAAGGGGGAAGACGACCAACGUCUCUGACUCCUUAUCCAACCGCUCCCUGGUCGUCUCCACCAUACUGGAAGAGCCAUAUGUGAUGUUCAAGAAGUCUGACAAGCCGCUGUACGGGAACGACCGCUUCGAGGGAUUCUGCAUAGACCUGCUGAGAGAGCUGGCCAGCAUCCUGGGCUUCACGUACGAGGUCCGCCUGGUGGAGGACGGGCGGUACGGCGCCCAGGACGAGAACACGGGCCAGUGGAACGGCAUGAUCAAGGAGCUCAUGGACCACAGAGCUGAUCUUGCAGUGGCUCCCCUCGCCAUCACAUACGUGCGAGAGAAGGUUAUCGACUUCUCCAAACCCUUCAUGACGCUGGGUAUAAGUAUACUGUACCGCAAGCCAAACGGGACCAACCCUGGGGUCUUCUCCUUCCUCAACCCCCUGUCGCCUGAUAUCUGGAUGUAUAUUCUGCUGGCUUACUUGGGUGUCAGUUGUGUGCUGUUUGUCAUAGCCAGGUUUAGUCCCUACGAGUGGUAUAACCCCCACCCUUGCAACCCCGACUCGGAUGUAGUGGAAAACAAUUUCACCCUGCUAAAUAGUUUCUGGUUUGGAGUUGGAGCUCUCAUGCAGCAAGGGUCUGAGCUCAUGCCCAAAGCCCUCUCCACCAGAAUUGUAGGAGGAAUCUGGUGGUUUUUCACGCUCAUCAUCAUCUCUUCUUACACGGCGAACCUGGCGGCCUUCCUCACCGUGGAGAGGAUGGAGUCGCCCAUCGAUUCUGCUGACGACCUGGCCAAGCAGACAAAGAUAGAAUACGGGGUGGUGGAGGACGGCUCCACCAUGACCUUCUUCAAGAAAACCAAGAUCUCCACGUAUGAUAAGAUGUGGGAGUUCAUGAGCAGUCGGAGGCACUCGGUGAUGGUGAAGGACAUCGAGGAGGGCAUCCACCGUGUGCUCACCUCGGACUACGCGUUCCUCAUGGAGUCCACCACCAUAGAGUUUGCCACCCAGCGCAAUUGCAACCUCACGCAGAUCGGAGGCCUCAUUGACUCCAAAGCCUACGGGGUGGGCACCCCAAUGGGCUCUCCGUACCGAGAUAAGAUCACUAUAGCCAUCCUGCAGCUUCAGGAGGAGGGCAAGCUGCACAUGAUGAAGGAGAAGUGGUGGAGAGGAAACGGCUGUCCGGAGGAGGAUAGCAAGGAGGCCAGCGCCCUGGGGGUGCAGAACAUCGGGGGCAUCUUCAUCGUGCUGGCUGCCGGACUCGUCCUCUCCGUGUUCGUGGCCGUGGGGGAGUUCCUCUACAAGUCCAAACAGAACGCACAACUUGAGAAGGCCCAAUGGCGACAACGAGAUAAGAAACGUGAGGAAUUCUGCUGUCACCAUGGAUCCAAGCUAGACUUUAACCACCAUCUCAAAUGACCUCAAGAAAAACUCCAGAAACUUGUUUUCUGUUGUAAUCUAACAUGAUCUAAAACUUCCCAAAACUAUUGAACUGUUUUUAUUUGUUGACACCCCCGAGGGAAUGGGAACACUAAGAGCAGUUUAAUAAAAGGAAGUUUGAAAUGCUGGCGGUAAUAUACAGUUGGAUCACAGGCCCUUUGCUCUGCUGCAUGACCCAUGACCUCUACACACACACACCCACUAACACCCCCCCCCCCCCACUGCUGCUGCUGCUGUCCAUCUCCAUCUCCUGCUAUCAAUGAUGCUCACUGUGCACAUCUGAGGCAUUCAGCUCAUCCACUAGAGCUCCCAACACCAUCCUGACACUGAGAAUGUGCUGAUAGAGACGUCAGAGAAAUAAUUGGGGCAAGUAGUGAACAUACAUAAUGGGUGAAAUAGUGAAAUAUGUACUUAGGUUGUCAUAAAUGCUCAGUUUCACAUACUCACUUGUUGUAGGACAAUAAUCAUAAUAUAUAUCUUAAUCCAGACCUAUUCAGCUGCCGAUCAUACACGGCAAAAACUGAAACGUUGACUUUAAAUAAAUGUAAUUUUCUCAACAAAUGUCACAUUAGGUUAGUUGAAAGCAAUAAUAUUAAGUUGAACCCAACAUUGUAUAUUUAAAAUUAAUAUUAUUGCUUUCAACUAACCGAAUAGAGUUAUGUGAAAUCUGACACAAUACAUUCAGUUAAAGUCAUGGGUUAAGUUUCUUCAGAGUAUUUAAACUGCUUCACUCAUUUGAAGCCAUGUGUUGUAUAGGCUAGAUGCAGCUGAUCAAAUGGAUUAUAAUACACACAAAUGUUGUGUGAAAUUAAUCAUUUUGUACAUAACGUAUGUCCUCAAACGUGACACUGUAAAUGUAUACUCAUUUUCGUCACAAUUGAAGGAUAUAUAUACUUAAACGUUUUUAUAUGAGUGUUUUUUGCAUUAGCAGAUCAAAUAGCAGCUAUUUUAUACUCGGCUGAAAGACUUAUGGUGAAACAGUAGAAGCACUUUAGAAGCACAUUCAAAGCUAACUGUUAGCAUUAAGCUAUGCCAAGAAAUAAAACAAAUGUGACACUUUUAUUAUGUUUAUUUAUUUGUAUCAUCAUUGUUAGUCAUUACUGUGGACAGAGCGGCAUCAUGCCAACAAUAUACAUGUAUCAUGUUUGGAGGUGGAGAAAGCCAUGUGUUUUUUAGUGGAGACAAAUAAGAAACAAACACAACAGAAGGAACUCUAGGUUAUUUUAGAUUAAGAAAAUGCACAUUCUAAAAAAACAUAAUAAGGUAGUUAAUAUAUUGCGUACUGAAUUAAUAGUGUUAUAACUUUCUGCAUAAGCACAUGACUUAUAUAUACAAGUUGUAUACAUGAUGUUAUAUGCUGCUGACCAGUUUAAAUACUGCACAACAUGUUAACUUAGUAUAUUUAGUAUAUCUAGGUCAUUUUAUACAACUUAAUCAAAACAUUUUUAGGAAGCUUUUUGUAUAUAUUCUAAUAUCAAACUGUCAGAGGCGUGGACUGAUUCUUAAGACAUAUCUAAAUGUUAUACAAUAUUUAAAGGGAGAUUACCCAAAGAAUAGUUAUCCGAUAGUUUAAAUAGACAUGUUGUUCUGUCUCUCUAGAAAAAAGAAGCAUCCAUUAUAUUCUGUGGAGCUCCACGCCACUUAUCCUGGAGAGUCCACAAACAGCCUCCUCUUACAUCUGAUGCAUUGAUUGUACAGAGUUCAGCGUGGCCCACUCACCCUGUAUCCAUUGAUCAGAUGCCCCUAGCGUGUCAUUAUGAACAGUGAAAACACUCAGAUAUGCUAACAUGUAAUAAAACAUACAUAUCGUUUCAAUACUGUGAAGGCCAUGGCCCCAGACUUACUCAUGUUACUUUAUCACAGUAAUGUUUACCUGCUUAUGGGUCUAUGAGAUCAUUCUAUUACCAUUAUUAAAAAGUGACCGUGAAAAGGCAUUUCUUGAAGAAAAUACAUCUAAAACAUCUUAGAUGAUGAUUGUAUUUGUGUAAGUGUUUCCCUCUACACAGUUGUGCAAAAUAAGAUACGUAAAAAAAUGUGUAUAUUGAUUAAAUCUAUUCAAAUAUUGGAUAAAUAUGUUUUCUUAAUGGAAAAAAAACGAUUUACAAAUGUGCUAUAAGUCUUAAACAUGGAUUACUGUUGUUAAUAAAAGUACAACUCUACAUUUUAA